CCGCUGCCAUCGGAACUGACGAGUGCGUGGUCGCCGACGCCUCCGGAUCGCGGCUUCGUCGGGAUCGCCUCCUCCGAACAGUCCUGCCAGGAUCGAAACGGACCCCCGAACAUGAUGGCACCUUGCUGCUCUCUUCGCCCAGACUAGCUGAAUUUCUAUGAGUCGGCUAUCGUGACGUGACAGUGAAAACAAGGAACGAAACAAACCACUGAGUCGGGGCCAAUCUUGGGUGCAAAGACCUGCAAUUACUUCAAGAAAACCAGUCUCGCCGGUGGUCCUCUGCCAACGCUUCCUGAAACCGACCUUUCCAAGCAACCUUGCCGCGUGACUGGAAGACGGCCCGAGUAAUCCCUAUCUUCAAGAAAGCUUCUUGCACACGAGGGCACGAUACCAGGACAGCUCCUGAAGACAAGGCCAGGUUCAUCGCAACUGCUGGAAGCUCCUGUGGCCACGAGUCCCAGUCCGUUGGUUGCGAAGAGCGCAGCUAAAGCACUCAUGGCCGAGGUUCUCAACGUGAGCAGCAUGCUGCAGAUAGCGGACAGCCUGUACCUGGACGAGGAGAACCUGUCCCUGACAGAGACUAACCUGAGUGGUCCCUUCGCCGGCUUCGACUUGUUCGAGGAGGAGGAGCUCCCUUACCACGGCGCCGAGCUUGGCCGCUUCCACGCGUGGUACACGAGCCAUCUGCACGGCUACCUGAGCAUGACUGUGUGCGUGUUCGGCAUCCUCGCCAACGUACUUAACAUCAUCGUGCUCACGCAACGCAACAUGGUAUCGCCAACGAACGGCAUCUUGACGGGGCUCGCCGUGGCCGACAUGCUGGUGAUCGCCACUUACUUGCCGUACACCAUCACGAUGCACGUGAUGCCGCCUGCGCGCACGCAGAGCUUCGGCACGGCCGUCUUCAUUCUUGUGCACGCACAUGUGAGCGUCGUCUUCCACACAGUGUCUACGUGGUUGACCGUGACGUUGGCCGUGUGGCGUUUCCUGGCCGUCAGCUUCCCGGCCUCUAGCAAGGAGUGGUGCAGUAUGCAGCGCGCCCGCUGGGCUAUCGUCAGCGUGUACGUGUCGUGCGCGCUUUGCUGCUUGCCGGUGUACCUUUCAUUCACGGUGCACCAGGCGGGCACGCCCCAGGAACCCUCGUACAAGGUCGACUUCAGCAACAUCACACGCGCCAACGGCGCCUUUUUGCAAAACUUAAACUUCUGGACCUAUUCGGUCCUGAUGAAGCUUGUGCCGUGCGUGGCCCUAACAGGCCUCAGCCUCGGGCUGCUGCGCGUGCUGUACGAAGCCAAGGCGCGGAAGCGACGCCUGCGGCGAGGGGCCAGCGGACACAGCGGCCAUGGAGGUAGCAGCGAAGAGGCCCGAGACCGCACCACACGCAUGCUGCUCGCCGUCUUGCUGCUCUUCCUGGUCACCGAAUUCCCUUCCGGCAUAGCUGCCCUUCUGAGCGGCAUCCUCGGCGACGACUUCUUCCUGCACGUCUACAUGAACUUCGGCGAGGUUAUGGAUAUCUUGGCGCUGGUAAACAGUGCCGUCAACUUCAUUCUAUACUGUUCCAUGAGUAGGCAGUUCCGCAAGGCUUUCGCCGCUCUCUUCACGCCUCGCAUCAUGGCCAAGUGGUUCCCCCUGACGUCCGAACCACCGAACAGUACCUACGCCACCACUUGUGUCUAGACCAGGCUGUAUGCGCACGCUGGCACAGCAGUUGCUGGAGCUCCAUGGGAGUGCGAGUGAACAAAUACUGCUUCGUCAGCGUGGUGUCUCGUUUUGCUUACGUGCUCUGGUAUAACAUCCCGAUCUCAUCGUUCAUCGUAUGUCUUAAGUUAACCUCUGGCUCAUUUUUGCCUGCUCUUCCACCACAUUGGUCAUUUCAUCAUCAGCGUACGUCACAAGGUAUUGAGACAACAGACUGUCCGGAGUGCAUAUUUAGUUGAGACUGUUGGUUAUGAGAGGCCAUGUCUGAGCUGGGCAGCAGAACAGGGAAAAACUUUGCGAAGAAAGAGGCAGGAGUCCACCUUGGCUGGGAAGAAUUGCACUGGACAGGCUUCACUCCAGCUGCUUCUUGUUUUCCAUACCAAUGCUGCAGCUGAAAGCCUAACUAAAAAUUAUACUGUGCAAGUGAAAUGAAGUGCCAAGGAGUAAAUCACGUAUGCCUUAUGAGCGUACUCCGUGAUGGACUGUAUUAUAGAAUAUAUAGUCGUAGUAUAUAUAUUAUCUUACUCAUCAAGCACGAUACAGGAAGGCAGUGGCGACUUGUGCCCACAGCAAAACUGCCAGAAGAAAACAAAAGAAUCAGGGGAAUUCAAGGCGAAUUUGCUGCGCGGGGAAGCAAACAACGCGUUUUAGUGUACAAUGGAAACGUAGAACAGUACUCUUGGCUGAGGCAUAAUUCUAGGUUGUGUAGCCUUGGGCUGCAGUUUCAUUAAAAAAGCAGUGAGAAGCGCCUAGUUGAACCCCAGUUAGCAAAGGAAACUAAUUCGCCCGCUCUCCCUCGAAGCCCAGUGUGUAUCCAUUUUUCUGAGCUUUGUUUUGUGUCUACAUAUUUGAAAUGUAUGAAAGGAGCAAAAGGAGAUUAGAAAUAUUGUUUCGGACACAUUGUUGGCUCAGACCUUUGCGGCUUUAGGAAUAUUACCGCAUCUGACGGCCGGGUUAAUGUGACGCCCUCCACAGUUCGUCAAAGACGUCACUGAGGACAGUGUGAGUUGUGUAUACGUUCUUCCUGAGUGUUGUUCCCGAACUGUUAUUCAAGAGACGAUCGAAGAGGCACAGACGAUGCCCCUGAAGUUUGUUCAAGAUAACAUUUAUUUUGAUUGCUUCGUGUGCGGUCAUCCUGACCAUAGUAGCUUGCGCAUGUCUGAGCACCCACAGCCUGAAUGCACCGAGGUAUCCGGCUCGGUGCAGACAGCUGUACGUGCCAAUAGAUCACUGUGGUAGCUUACUCAAUAUCUUGUAGUUAGAAGGGCCUUCGACGGCUUUUAUUCGCGGAGAGCACAAAAUAGGCGGGUGCUUACCGUGCGCUCCGAGAUCGUUCCUUUCACUAUCGGUCAUUCGGCAACGCAAAAUGGUGCACGAGCACUCUUGUUGUGGCCAGAACGGUGCACAGGGGCCCUGAUGGACAUUAGGCUGCUAUCUACGAAUUCUGCCGCUAUACAAAAUCAAUUUUCAAAAUAGCACACCUGCAUACAUGCCUUACGGUUUUCUCAGUCGUGAAUGCUAAGGCAUGUUUAUAUCAUAUACUCGUAUAUCACAGUUACGAGGUACGUCUUUUGCAUGAUGAAACACACUCUUUCUAUUGGUAUUACUGCUACGAGCUAUGGGCUUUCGAAAGGCGCAGAGAGAUUGCACUUUGACUUGGCUUUUUAGUUAAUGGCUAGAGCUGUAUAAAUGCACAAACACAAAUUGAAGUUAUAAUAAUUGUCCAAUCAGGCUCUUACCUCUUAUUUGUGAUGUGUGAAUAUUUUUUUCCCUUUUCUAGAAGAACAUGUCCUGUUUAAGAAACAAACUGCACGCCCCGUAACACGUGAAAACGCGCACAAAUGCAUUAAGUGGUGCAGUCUUCCGAUUUCAGCAGAGCUUCUGUAGAACCUAAGCGGAAGGCUGUAUUAUUUAGUGAGGCAGUGUUAAGAUAAAACAGGCGGAUACCUAAGCACACCCGCAAGUAAUUCAAAUACGAUUUUCCAGUUAGCCCCUGCUUAUAAGUGCUAACGUGCUUGUAUGUUCCGGUGUUCACCUGUUACGUCUUCACAUUGGAGACGUAGAUACUAUAAUCAAUCGUAUUUGUGUGUGUGCG